CCUUGAUAUACUUAGCGCUUCUCAUUAUUAGGCAAUAUGAUUGGUACAAUCACAAUCAUUUUUUGCGCGGUGCCACUUUUGGUGAUAAUUUUAAUUAUAGUCCUUCAUAAAAAGUUCGUUAAACGCCAAUCAAAAUAUCUGAAACAUGUACCAGGACCUAAACCUAAUCCUCUUUUUGGGAACAUGUUGGAUUUUGCUGUGCCUUCGCAUCAAUUUGCCAACGUACUUGAAAAUUACAUAAAUCAAUAUGGCAUGAUUUUUCAAUUAUUUGCUGGCCCUCUAAGUAGUGCACUAAUAAUUUCGGAUGAAAAACUUAUAGAAUAUGUUCUUAGUUCAACAAAAACUAUAGAAAAAACUGAUCACUACAAAUACUUUCAUAAUUGGUUGGGAACAGGACUGUUCACAAGUAAAGGUGCUAAAUGGAAGGAACGUCGUCGCAUGCUGACACCAGCUUUUCAUUUUUCAAUUUUAGAUCAUUUUUUAGAAGUGUUUAAUAGUGUUAGUUACAUAUUUAUAAAACAGCUAGAAAAACAUGAAGACGAAGACAGUUUUGAUAUUUAUCCAUUGGUUUCAUUAUAUACACUAGAUGUCAUUUGCGAGGCUGCAAUGGGUACUUCUGUAAACGCACAAACCGGUAGUAAUUCCAAAUAUGUACAAAGUGUAAAAACAGUGUGUGCAAUACUUACCGAAAGAAACUUUUCUCCAUUACAUACAUGUUUGUAUCCUUUAACACUAAAUUUUUAUAGAGAGCGCUCGGCUGUAAGAGUAUUACACUCUCAUACCGAUGCUGUGAUAGAUAGAAAAAUUGAACAGAUGAAGAAAUAUGAUGAAAAAAAUGAAGAACUGAACGAUAGUGGAACAAAAAAGAGAUUGGCCUUUUUAGAUUUGCUUCUGAAAAGCAAUAUAGAUGGUGUUCCUUUGACUAGAGAAGAUAUUAGAGAAGAAGUAGAUACGUUUAUGUUUGCGGGCCAUGAUACUGUAGCUUCAGCCAUUUCUUUUACGAUAUAUAACUUAGCAAAUAAUCAUCGAGUACAGCAAAAAGCAUUCAAAGAACAAAUUGAAAUAUUUGGCAGUAAUAAAAAGGAAGCUAGAUCAACCACAGAAGAUCUACAAAAGAUGAAAUAUUUGGAACUUGUUAUAAAAGAAACGUUAAGAUUGUACCCUCCUGCGCCACUUUUUACAAGAAAAGUAACUGAGGAUUUUGAAUGGGAAAAUUCGACGAUUCCAAAAGAUCAAUAUCUUGUAAUAGUUCCUUAUAUGACUCAAAGAAAUGCAGAGUAUUACCCAAAACCAUUGGAAUUUAUUCCUGAAAGGUUUUUAGAAAUUGAUGGUACCAAUCCAUAUCGAUAUAUUCCGUUUAGCGCUGGACCAAGGAACUGUAUAGGUCAAAAAUUUGCCAUGCUGGAGAUGAAGAGUACGCUGUCUAAGGUUUUGAGAAGUUUCGAAUUGCUACCAUCAAACCCUCAUCAAGAGUUAAAAUUAGCACCGGAAAUAAUUUUAGUUUCAAAAAGUGGUAUAAACAUUUCAUUGAAGAAAAGAAAAUAAAAAUUUAAAAGUAUA